AUGGAAUCAGUGAGAAGGGGAUGGAAUCUGGGAGAAGGGGAUGGAAUCUGGGAGAAGGGGGCAAAUCUGGGAGAAGGAGAUGGAAUCUGGGAGAAGGGGAUAGAAUCUGGGAGAAGGGGAUGGAAUCUGGGAGAAGGUGAUGGAAUCUGGGAGAAGGGGAUGGAAUUUGGGAGAAGGGGAUGGAAUAUGGGAGGAGGGGAUGGAAUCAGGGAGAAGGGGAUGGAAUCUGGGAGAAGGGGAUGGAAUCUGGGAGAAGGGGAUGGAAUCAGGGAGAAGGGGAUGGAAUUAGGGAGAAGGGGAUGGAAUUGGGGAGAAGGGGAUGGAAUCUGGGAGAAGGGGAUGGAAUCAGGGAGAAGGGGAUGGAAUAUGGGAGAAGGGGAUGGAAUCUGGGAGAAGGGGAUGGAAUCUGGGAGAAGGGGAUGGAAUCUGGGAGAAGGGGAUGGAAUCUGGGAGAAGGGGAUGGAAUCGGGGAUAAGGGGAUGGAAUCUGGGAGAAGUGGAUGGAAUCUGGGCGAAGGGGAUGGAAUCAGUGAGAAGGGGAUGGAAUCUGGGAGAAGGGGAUGGAAUCUGGGAGAAGGGGAUGGAAUCUGGGAGAAGGGGAUGGAAUCUGGGAGAAGGUGAUGGAAUCUGGGAGAAGGGGAUGGAAUCUGGGAGAAGGGGAUGGAAUCUGGGAGAAGGGGAUGGAAUCAGGGAGAAGGGGAUGGAAUAUGGGAGAAGGGGAUGGAAUCUGGGAGAAGGGGAUGGAAUCUGGGAGAAGGGGAUGGAAUCUGGGAGAAGGGGAUGGAAUCUGGGAGAAGGGGAUGGAAUCGGGGAUAAGGGGAUGGAAUCUGGGAGAAGUGGAUGGAAUCUGGGCGAAGGGGAUGGAAUCAGUGAGAAGGGGAUGGAAUCUGGGAGAAGGGGAUGGAAUCUGGGAGAAGGGGAUGGAAUCUGGGAGAAGGGGAUGGAAUCUGGGAGAAGGGGAUGGAAUUUGGGAGAAGGGGAUGGAAUCUGGGAGAAGGGGAUGGAAUCUGGGAGAAGGGGAUGGAAUAUGGGAGAAGGGGAUGGAAUCUGGGAGAAGGGGAUGGAAUCUGGGAGAAGGGGAUGGAAUCUGGGAGAAGGGGAUGGAAUCUGGGAGAAGGGGAUGGAAUCGGGGAUAAGGGGAUGGAAUCUGGGAGAAGUGGAUGGAAUCUGGGCGAAGGGGAUGGAAUCAGUGAGAAGGGGAUGGAAUCUGGGAGAAGGGGAUGGAAUCUGGGAGAAGGGGGCAAAUCUGGGAGAAGGAGAUGGAAUCUGGGAGAAGGGGAUAGAAUCUGGGAGAAGGGGAUGGAAUCUGGGAGAAGGUGAUGGAAUCUGGGAGAAGGGGAUGGAAUUUGGGAGAAGGGGAUGGAAUAUGGGAGGAGGGGAUGGAAUCAGGGAGAAGGGGAUGGAAUCUGGGAGAAGGGGAUGGAAUCUGGGAGAAGGGGAUGGAAUCAGGGAGAAGGGGAUGGAAUUAGGGAGAAGGGGAUGGAAUUGGGGAGAAGGGGAUGGAAUCUGGGAGAAGGGGAUGGAAUCAGGGAGAAGGGGAUGGAAUAUGGGAGAAGGGGAUGGAAUCUGGGAGAAGGGGAUGGAAUCUGGGAGAAGGGGAUGGAAUCUGGGAGAAGGGGAUGGAAUCUGGGAGAAGGGGAUGGAAUCGGGGAUAAGGGGAUGGAAUCUGGGAGAAGUGGAUGGAAUCUGGGCGAAGGGGAUGGAAUCAGUGAGAAGGGGAUGGAAUCUGGGAGAAGGGGAUGGAAUCUGGGAGAAGGGGGCAAAUCUGGGAGAAGGAGAUGGAAUCUGGGAGAAGGGGAUAGAAUCUGGGAGAAGGGGAUGGAAUCUGGGAGAAGGUGAUGGAAUCUGGGAGAAGGGGAUGGAAUUUGGGAGAAGGGGAUGGAAUAUGGGAGGAGGGGAUGGAAUCAGGGAGAAGGGGAUGGAAUCUGGGAGAAGGGGAUGGAAUCUGGGAGAAGGGGAUGGAAUCAGGGAGAAGGGGAUGGAAUUAGGGAGAAGGGGAUGGAAUUGGGGAGAAGGGGAUGGAAUCUGGGAGAAGGGGAUGGAAUCUGGGAGAAGGGGAUGGAAUAUGGGAGAAGGGGAUGGAAUCUGGGAGAAGGGGAUGGAAUCUGGGAGAAGGGGAUGGAAUCUGGCAGAAGGGGAUUGA